AUGGUGCCGUCAAGGAGGCUCUGGUGGACCAGGCUGAGGAGUUCAGCGGGCGAGGGGAGCAGGCCACCUUCGACUGGCUCUUCAAAGGCUAUGCUUCUGUGCUUCUCCGUGUUUCUCCUCUCUCUGCUUCCCUCUCCCACUUCUUCCUCUGUCUUAGGAUUUCAGGGCGUGGCGUUCAGCAACGGGGAGCGCGCCAAGCAGCUCCGGCGCUUUUCCAUCGCCACCCUGCGGGACUUCGGCGUGGGCAAGCGCGGCAUCGAGGAGCGCAUCCAGGAGGAGGCGGGCUUCCUCAUCCAGGCCCUCCGGGGCACGCACGGCGCCAGUAUCGAUCCCACCUUCUUCCUGAGCCGCACCGUCUCCAAUGUAAUCAGCUCCAUUGUCUUUGGGGACCGCUUUGACUAUGAGGACAAAGAGUUCCUGUCACUGUUGCGCAUGAUGCUGGGAAGCUUCCAGUUCACGGCAACCUCCACGGGGCAGGUAACCGGCUGCAGCCCGGCCCGUGAUGCCCCUACCACAACCUGCCAACCGCUCCCCUACCUGGAGACAGGUGGCCCAAACUCCCACCCCCUCCAGACAGUGUCCCCUCAAAAUCAGCCCCCAAUAUUGGACAACUGGACAGUUGCACCAGAACCCAGGAGGGAUGCCCAAUACCCAGUCUCCAAGGACACCUGGAUAGCUCAACAGAUGCUCCCCAAAACAGAGCCUGACGGCAGGAUGCAUACCCUCAGCUCAGCUCUCUCAUCUGGGCACGUGUUCCCAUCCCCAACUUACCAUAAUUUGUAA